AUGUCCCAGCCCAGCGACACUCUGACACAAGUCGACUCCAUCACUACGACUAGGCGUAACGGCGCUGAAGUCAGCAUUUUCGAGGCCUUAAUACCGGCCGUCACAUCAAACAGCGAGCCUGAAUUUCCGGCCCGCCAAAGAUGGCGCUUUCUUCCGAAGGCUUUCAGUGGCACCCGACCAAUCUCGAAAACCGACAUCCCCUCUUCCCAUCACCAACUCCAGAAUGGACAACCCCAGAGUUUCAGUCGACUGAAACUGCAUUCUGUCAAUUCUCCUUCUGUUAAAAGCGACGGUAAGGAAUCUCGCAUCAGAAGUACCACGACAGCCUCGAAAUCUAAGCUGCGGCUCCCUCAAGCCCUCAAGUCAGACAAACACGAUGUUGAGAAUACGCAACGAAUCACUGACUCUGGUCUCGGAGACUAUGAUGCGUUACCUAGAGGACUUCAGAAUACACUUUACAGAGAGAUCAAUAGAUAUAGUUGGGCAUCCAAUAGUAAAGGUUUCAUAACGCCCCGGAAACUUGUCAAGCUAUUGGAUAUUCCAACCUUGGAGAAGGAACUAAAGAAAUACGACUCUUUCCUCAGUAAAGGGCCGCAGAAGCUGCAGUACCUGCGAUUUGAUUUUACUGAAAGCAAGAAUUCACCCGAAACCAAAGAAAGAAGACGCAACGCUAUUGUCGCCACAGCAGAGCGAAUAUAUGGCAACAUAGAAGAUCAGAUGCCGUCAAAUGCCUCAGCUAAGCCGGAAAAGAUGUUCCCACUACGCCAUAAAGGGCGGUUUGAUAGAUCUUAUGUCAAGAUCUUGGCUAUUUUAAUCUUGAUCGAGAGGCCAGCAAGAAUCAAGCUCUUUGUCGAGGAGGGUAUAUGCGACGCCGACUUGCCUCUAGUCAAAAAGCCAAUUGAGGGAGGAUUCGAGGAGCUUCGGCGGAGCACCACUCCAAACGACCGAUUAAGAUGUUUCGAAAGAUGGGAUAGUCUAAGCCUGGUCAGAUUUGAGGAGUUUCAGUGGAGGCUUCUCGCACCUUCCUUUGAACAUGGAAGCGGAAAAAUCAUCCUCCACCAGACAUUUGAUUCGAAUGUGAUUCUUCCUUUUACCUACUUCAGCGAGAGUCCAAAGACUGGUGGAUUUGGAGAAGUGACCAAAGUCAGAAUCCAUCCGGACCACCACAAUUUCAACAAUGACUGCAAUCUGGCGGAGAAAAGAAUGCAAGACGGCUCGGCUUCUCAACAAAGCAGUGAAUCUCGUAUCCUCCUAUAUGGCCGCCACGGGGACAUUAAGCCAGAAAACAUUCUUUGGUUUCCCGCUACCCGCAUGUCAAGGAGCAAAGAUCAAGGAAUACUCAAGCUUGCAGAUUUUGGAGUCGCUGACUUCAGCACAAAGAAUGAAUUUGAAGUUGACUUUAACAGAAGGAGACAUCAGUUUCUUGCCCAGUCACCCACGUAUCGCUCACCAGAAAAUGACUUCGAAGACCCGCGCAUCGGGUCAUCGUAUGACAUCUGGAGUCUCGGCUGUGUCUAUCUGGAGUUCAUCGCAUGGUGGUUUGGCCGCUGGAAAUUAGUCAAGAAAUUUGCCGAUGAGCGAACAGAUGAUGACCAAUUUUGGACCAAGCAUGCAGGCCUAAACAAGGUCCUGAAGGUGGACACUUUCUUCGAGAUAAAACAGAAUCAGGGCCCUGGUGGCUCGGAGGCUUUUGCGAAACCAUCUGUCUCUAAGUGGUCAAAGAGGACAUGCUGGUGGUUCACCAGCCUGUCAGAGAAGGUCAUAUACCAGGAAGAAAGAGUGCCAAGGAUAUUGUGA